AGAGACGUAGGGAGACUACGUAGUAGAAAAUCUGAAGGAAACAGGAUGAAAUGACGAAGAGAGGGAAACCUGGAAAAUGCAUCAAAAUUAAAACGUAGCAGCAUUAUACUCUGAAUAGUUGCAAAAAUGGGGGAUGAAGUUGAAGUAAAACAAUUGUUGAAUUUCAUAAGGGAGCAAGUACCGGAUUGGGACGACGAAGUGAAGGCUACUGCUAGAUACAAGGCUUUCAGCGGUCAAAGGUCGGAUUGGGAGUCUCUUUUCGUUUUCUGGAGGGACUUAAUCAUAACUAUCGUUCGUCGAUUCAAUAUUCUUCUUCUCUCCCCUUCUCUGAUGAAAAAUUCCUGGUUCAAUCGUGGAGGCUUGACCCCUUUAUGUCUCGAUCAUGUUCUGCUUGAAAUGUACAACAAUGGUGAUCUUUUGCGAUUAAGUGAUUUUGAAGAUCCAACAACUGGACGCCUUUCUCGACUUAUGAAAAUUAUUCAUUUUCCCAUUGCCUUCAAAUCACCAACUUCAAGUGAUAUUCUGAAUGAUCGACUCAUUCUUCUAACUAUGUUGGAGGAUCGAGCAACAUAUGUUGUGAAAGCAUUGUCAGAAACCAACUGGACAUCUUCAUGCAUCAUAACGAUGAAACAUUUUGAAAGUUUGUUUAAAGAGCACGAUGAAGCAUUUGCAGUGCUAAGUUACUUGUCACGACACGGGAAAGCACUAUAUCUCUCCAUCAAAAGCAAAGAGCCAAUAAUGGGUGUAAAAGUAUCGCUCUCUUCUGCAUCUGUUUCUAGUUUUCCAAGUAUUGAUUCUGUUAUUUUGCAAUUGAUGUGGACUCUAGAAGAGCUUCAACAGCAAAUUUCUGUUAUAGACAAACAAUAUAAAAGAUUUAGAAUAUCUGCAUUGGUUGCGUUGAGAUCUGGAGACAAAACUUUAGCUCUAAGGAAUGCAAGGCAGUUAAAAUUAGCUUCUGAGAGUAGAGACAAACUAACAGCAUAUUCUGACCGAGUAGAGGAGACAGUCCGGGUUAUUUCAGAUGCACAAUCUGCGAAAAAGGUGUAUGAAGCUAUCCAGCUUGGUGCUCAGGUUAUCAAGGAAAAUAAAAUGGAAGUAGAAGAAGUUCAAUUAUGUCUACAAGAACUCGAUGAGUUUAUGGUUUCUCAAGAAACCAUCUAUAAUGCCUUAGAAUCAAAAUCGUAUGCAGCUGUAGAGGAUGAAGAUAUUGAAGAGGAGCUGAAGAAGCUUGAGUUACAAAUAAGGAAUGAAAACAUCCUGGUAAACGCACCUAUAACUAUGGAAGAUACAAAAGAAAAUGUAAGGGCGUCGGCUACCCCAGAUGAUUUGUGUGCUGCCAUAGCAGAUCUUAAGCUUGAAAGUGAGAUUGAAGACCAUAGUAUUCAGGGUUCACAUUCAGGUUCAGGAUCCCGGAAAGACUGUGCAACGCUUGAAGCUGCAUAAUCGAUUUUGGUUUUUAGCUGGUGAUCAAGGCUGAAUCUUUUAAUGUGAGGUAAGCAUCCAUAAACUAUACUGUAUACAAUGUGCGCUGAUGAUUCUAAGGUUGUCCAAACUCAACAGUUUCAAAAAAAGGGUGCGUCCCUUGAGCAAUGAGCAGUGAGUUUUAAGGUUAUGUUUGUACAGCAACUAGGACUUUCGGCUGGUUCUUCCGCAACAAUUUUGUUGGUGUAGAAGCUGCUGCGUGCAUCAGCCAAAGGUCUUUGCAAAUUAUUUACUUACAUGACUUGGAUUUAUUUGCCGAUGAUAUUUUUCCCUUUGUUUUUUGUGUUACUAUAAUUAUGGAGUUUGAGGAACAAGUUAAGGUUGUGAUGAGUAAUAACCAAUGGUAUUUGGGUCUUGUAAUUUAUCACUCGAAUGGUCAGUAAAGAUUGGUAAGUUCUCAUUAAAGUUUAUCAACCUGGGCUUCUCUUGUCCUUUUCUUUUUCCUUCAUAAUCUACAUCUUUUAACAUGCGGUCAUAAUAUAGAAAUUUAGAGUAUAGAAGCUAUUUUUUAUUUUAUUU